UGUGUGGGCGGAGUGUGCGGUACCACUGUAGCUGGGGUCCCCGGCCAAAUCACUAGCGUGGGAGCUAGCCUACUACUGUAUUUUAUGGUCAAGGAACCGACGCUUUACCAUAAUGGGUGUGGAAGUUGAAACAAUAUCUCCAGGAGAUGGAAGAACCUUUCCAAAGAAGGGGCAGACAUGUGUCGUCCACUACAUAGGUAUGCUGCAGAAUGGAAAGAAGUUUGACUCUUCUCGAGACAGAAACAAGCCCUUCAAGUUCAAGAUCGGCCGACAGGAGGUUAUCAAAGGCUGGGAGGAAGGAGUCGCGCAGAUGAGCUUGGGUCAGCGAGCGAAGAUCACCUGUACCCCAGACAUGGCGUACGGCGCCACAGGUCACCCAGGUGUCAUCCCGCCCAACGCCACCCUCAUCUUUGAUGUGGAGCUCCUCAAGCUCGAGUGAGGUUCUUUCGUCGUUUUUUUUUUUUUUUUCCUAUUUGUUUGUUUCUGCUGUUGCAGGGUCAAGGUUGUGGGGAGGGGGUCAUGAACAAGACUAAACUCGAGCCCCAGGGCCCCCUAGCCUCCCUCUCAUCCUCAAUCUACCCUCAACCAAAAACCACCAAGGAAUCACAGACGUUGGUUUCUAGCAUUUUAAAAUUAGGAUAUUCUGCUUCAUUGCCAACAUCAUCAUAGGUGCUGCCUAAACUUUGUACACACAAAUAUUCUAGUUCAGCUACUUUGUUUAUGAUAUGUUUGGCCAGCAUCAAUGUUUUUUUUUUUAAAUGUAACAGGUUGUAUUUUUAAGAAAAAUAUGCAAAUGAUCCUAAUAAGGAAAAAAAUUAACACCAUAAUCUAUUUAAAGAAAUCUCAAUACCAUAUUUGAAGUGAACAUAGGGUAUGACAAUAUAAACCAAUAUACUGUCUUGUAGGGGGCAUUAACAACCACUCUUUGCAUUGCCACUUUUGAUAAAAAAAAGAACUACUACGUCCUGCUGAAAGAGUAUGAUAAUAUCUCUAUGUGACCUAUAAUAUAUUUUAUAUCUCUCUAUAUAUAUAUCUAUACAUAUAUAUAUACUGUACAUCCCACAUAUACUCUCACUGCAAAUGCACAUAGGAUUGCAUAAUGAGUUAAUGCCAGGAACAAGUCCUUUACUGUAACAUGGAAAGCUUUGGCUAAAUUAUGUUUUAUUGAUCGACUCUGAAUAAAGAUGCCUGGAACUUUGAAA